GCGACACGGGUCUGCUCGGCGGCCGCCCAGACGCCGCCCCCAGAGAGCGGCCAUGGCGAGCGCAGGGCCGUGGCGGGGCUCCGAGACCCCCUGGAGGGAGCUGUGCCUGCUACUGCUGCUGCUGUCUCGCUGCUCGUGGGUGCAGGCACCCGGUACUUGCCACCAGCUCACAGUGGCAGAUGGCUUUGCUGGCGAGAUGACCAGUAGCGGUGGGCUAUUUGACCCGGCCAACGAGGCAACCGCUCAGGAGUGUGCCACGGUGUGCGGCCAGCUGGGCGUGGCCUACUCGGCAGUGGAGACGAUGGACCUCGAGCUGGGCACGCUGGCGUGCCUGUGCGCUCCCAAGGAGGAGUUCGAACUGGUCACCGCCUCCUCCACCGAGUGCACGGCCUGCUCGGACGGCUCGUGCGGCGGUGUGGACGGCAUCGUCAUGGUGUCGCCGGCAGCCGAGGACCUGGCCGCGCUGACAGUGACCGUGGCGCCCGCCGGCACGCCCGUGGUGGCCGGCUCGGCGGCGACCGUCUCAGCUACCGCUGACGUCAAUGAUGUGGAGUUCACCAUUCAGGCCGGCGAUCGGUCACCGGCGUUCAACAUCAGUGGCGUGGAUGACACGACUGGCACCAGCGGCGCGACAAUGAGCCAAGAAGUGUUGUUCUACUAUCCGGGCACGUUCACCAUCUCUGUAUCGGCGCAGAAGCGAGCUGGCAAAGCUGUGCUCAGUCAGCAGGUCUCGGUGAACGUCACCCAGGCAGCCAGCCUGCUGGAGGCCAACUGCCCGCCGGUUCAGGAGCCCAACAUUCCCUACUUCUGCGGAGCCGCCGUCACAGGGUCGGAUACGUCGGUGACUGCCACGUUCAGCGAUGGAGCAGAGUUGACCGCCCAGCUUCCCACCGUGCCUAUCGUCCUGCGUGGCUCGGCCCCACCCCAGAGCGCGAUGGCCAGCGACGCAGAGAGGCCGACCGGCUCGGCGACGUUCCUGGUGGCUGCGCCGUUCGACACGCCGUCCCGCCUACUGUCCGUCAGGACGUUCGGCAGCGUCGCCGGCACCUGCACUGGAGAGGUGGUGACCCCCACGUGCACGGACCCAGACGUAUUCUGUCCGGGCGCCGGGUGCACCAGCUCGUGCGGUUUGGUGCCCGACACCACUGCCGAAUAUCAGUGCACCGCCAGCACCUUCUGCCCGCUGACCAGACUGUGCUCUGCUGGUGCUGUGGACGCCGGCACGUGCGGCACGGUGUCGGCUCCCGCCGGGUUCGCGGCCAGCGGGGCUGUGUUCUCGAUCCCAGUGAGCGCCGGAGCGCACACCUACCAGGAGAUCACCACGGAGGUGCUCGCUCAGCCCGGAGAUAUGAUUCAGGUGACCUGUACAGACGGCGGGCUGGUGGCCGCGAUGGCCGUGCCGAGCGGCGGUGACCUGGACAGCACCGGUGUCGCGUUGACCACCUCCACUGGCCAGUCUGUGCGCCACCUCCUGGAGGUGGUGGCCGCUCCUCUGCAGCAGUUCAGCUGGGCGCACACCUGUGUCACACCAGUCCAGCUGGUCACCUUCACCGCCGCGCUGCCGGACGGCGCCUCCGUCACCAACGCCACCAGCUGCGAGUACAUCAUCCGCAACAUGUCCAUCUCGCUGAUGCAGGCCAAUCAUGAGAUGGUGCCCGACACUAAGGACGGCCCCAUCUACCUGGACACGGCACUGCCGGUCACUGUGCGACUGCAGAUGCUCGAGGGAGCCCCAGCACUCAUGAACUGGGACUACGGCACUGAGGACCUUCCCCACGGCACGCAGGACCUGCAGGCGCGGGUCGACCCAGCCACAUUCUACAAUCAGACUGUCACCUAUCCGAUGCCUGGUACCUUCAUCAUCAACGGUUCGGCGACAAAUACCCACUCGGAGACGCUGGGCGCCACGUGGGCCACGCAGGAGGUGAUUUUGCAGAACCCCGUGGUGGAGGCCUGGGCCGUGGAGAUCACCAACACGCAGAUCCUCACCGAGCCCACCAACGCCAUCGAGGCUAACGUCAACUUCCUCGUCAAGCUGCCCGAGACGGAGCGCCUGCCGACGGACGCUUCCAUCUACGCUCAUUUCGGCGACGGCUACCACAUGGAGGAUUUCCACCCUCUCAGCGAAUAUGGAAUAGUCGAUGGCGAGACGUUGCCUGAAGCUGGCUUCUACUCCUUCACCUUCACGCAUCACUAUGCACAAGCUGGAUUAUACAACGUAACAAUCGACAUGAAAAACGAAAUUUCUAACGUGACACUUGAAAUCCCUGUUGACGUCGAAGAGAAAAUCAUCGACUUUGCCGUUGAAAUGAAGUUUGAACUGAAUGACGCUCUAUCGGAUGGUCUCGGAGACGACGAGAACGAGUUUCAUAAUGACAAGAAUAUCACGUUCAUCAUGCUCAUGACGCAGGGCAGUGUCACGAGGUAUGAACUGUACAACACAUCCAGUGGCGUCGAGGAACUCUUGCAAACGUUUAAAGUUGAGAACAAGCUUCACCCAACCGUAGGUGAAUUCUACUAUUACUUCUCCGAAAAUCAGGAGCUCAACAUUACUUUCAAGGCUUUCAACACUUACGAAGAAUCCGAUUCAGUUGAAGCGAGCAUUUGGAUCAAGGACCCAGUGACGGAAAUAGAAGGUAUCAUGAUUGUUGAAGGCGAAGAUGUCACCUCUCGUGGAGAGGAUAAGCCGAUCAACAUCACAUUCAACUGCGCCUCGACACAUUCCCUGUGUCUGGUUAUCGACUACGGCGACGGUGCGCCGCUGGCCGCGUACGGAGACGAGGGCAUCUGUAUGGCCAACUUCUCUGAGGCUAAAUUCCAGCCCAAUGAUCUGACCAUGCCUAUGAUUGUGGAGCACACAUAUUGGGCAGAUGGCAAGUACAACCUCACUGCCAUACUUUUCAAUCCUGUGUCGUUUGGAAAGGCAUCUCUUACAUUCUUGGUUGUACCAUUUAGCUGCAAGAAGCCCAUAAUUACCGUUAACGGUGCUUCUCUUGUCAAAGAAACGGCCAACGGUUAUUUCAGAUCUAACCCGAUUGUGGUUGAUACCGAGACAUACAUACCAAAUUGCGAAGUUCCAUUUACCAGCAUUGAGCGUUGGAUGGUGUCAAAAAUAGACCCACUCACCGGAGAAACUAUUGAGCCAAUUGUCAUCCAGAACAUCCUGCCGUCUUGGAAUAAGUCCUCACUCCUCAUCAAGAAAAACUUCCUGGACUUUGGUCUGUACAAAUUGGACUACAGCAAGCAGCUGUACGAGGGCGAUGAGCCUCCCAACAUCCCCUACGAAGUGAUGACCACCUCAUACGUGGUCGUGAUCCGUUCACCGCUCGUGGCGAUCAUGGUGCCCGGUUCCGUGUCACGUCUGGUGCGCGGCUGGGGCCAGCAAGCCAGCCUCGACCCCGGCAGCAACUCCAUCGACCCGGACCUGCCCGAAGACAAGAGUUUCGAGUGCGAGUGGUACUGCCGCCAGCUGACUGAGGAGUUCCCCAUGAACGGUACCGUGAUGCUGGACAAGCCCCUGCUGCCGGUCCGGAAUGUCGGCGACCCGGUGCCGUCCGGCAGAAGUGGCUGUUUCGGAAGCGGCCCUGGUCGGCUGGACUUCAACAGCUGCAAGUGGGACAUCGACACCAAUAUCUUCCAUCCGGCCGGCGAGGACAUCACUUUCCACCUGGUGGUCGUCAUCAAGAAGAACGGUCGCAGAGCCGAAUCGUUCAUCGACCUGGAGAUGGUAUCUGGCAAGCCGCCGAUGAUGACCAUCAAAUGUGUGUCCCCGAAGUUGUGCUCGCCCACAGAAGGUGGUGUGUUCAUCAACCCGGAAAACCGGCUUGGUCUCAUCGGAAAUUGCUCUUUCGAUUGCUAUCCGCCGUUAACCUACGAAUGGACUGUGUCAAUGGUGAGCAACAACUCGGUAGAUCCUAUCCCAAUAGAUGACGUCGACAAGUACAUCAUGUCAGAGCCAAACACAAAAUAUCUCUCACUUUCAAAGACAAUUUACAGCAACUACUCUACCAUCCAAAAGUUCCAUGUCAGUCUGAAGUCUAACAAUUCUCACCCAUCACAGAAACUGGUGCAGCGACGUUCUAUGUGA